ACCCCCAGCCGGACCUCACCUCCCUCCGCCCCCCCUCCUCAAGAUGGUGGACCCCGUGGGGUUCGCCGAAGCCUGGAAGGCCCAGUUCCCAGACUCGGAGCCCCCCAAGAUGGAGCUGAGGUCGGUGGGCGACAUCGAGCGGGAGCUGGAGAGGUGCAAGGCGUCCAUCAGGAGGCUGGAGCUGGAGGUCAACAAGGAGCGUUUCCGCAUGAUCUACCUGCAGACCCUCCUGGCCAAGGAGAAGAAGAGCUACGACCGCCAGCGGUGGGGCUUCAAGAGGGUGUCCCGGGUCCCCGAGGGGAGCGGGGAGGAGCCGUCGCCCGAGCGGGCCGGACCCUCGCCCCCCGACCCCGGCCCGCCCGACGGGAGGCCCGAGAGGGCGGCCGGGGACCCCGAGGGCCGGCCGGCCGACGGGGCCGGGUCCCCGGCGGGGCGCCGGUCCCCUCCGGCCCGCGGGCCGGCCGCCGACGGGGAGGGGUCCCCGGGGCCGGCGGGCGGGGACCGGGCCAACCCCCACGGCGUGGCCGCCCUGCGGUCCAACUUCGAGAGGAUCGGGAAGGCCCACCCGCGCCUCUCGGCCGAGGCCGAGAGGCCCUUCUACGUGAACGUGGAGUACCAUCACGAGCGGGGCCUGGUGAAGGUCAACGACAAGGAGGUCUCCGACCGCCUCGGCUCCCUGGGCGCCCAGGCCAUGCAGAUGGAGCGCAAGAAGUCCCUCCACGCCCUCCCGGGCUGCCCGGGGCCCGGCUCCGGCGAGUUCCCCAGGCCGCCCUACCGGGGGAGGUCUUCGGAGGGCGGCUGCGGCUACGACGGCGAGUACGAGGACGUCGAGCUGAACCCCCGGUUCCUCAAGGACAACAUGAUCGACGCCGACGGCGGGAACCGGCCCCCGUGGCAACCGGCCGAGUACCGGCCCUACCAGAGCGUCUUCGUCGGGGGGCCGCUGGGCGAAGGCGAGAGCAAGGGCCCCGCCUCGCGGGGUCAGGGCGCGUCCGACCAGGAGAAGCACCUCACCUGGCCCCGGAGGUCCUACUCCCCCAGGAGCUUCGAGGACAUCGGGGGCGGGUACACGCCGGACUGUAGCUCCAACGAGAACCUCACCUCUAGCGAGGAAGACUUCUCCUCCGGCCAGUCCAGCCACGUCUCCCCCAGCCCCACCGCCUACCGGAUGUACCGGGAUAAGAGUCGCUCGCCCUCCCAGAACUCUCAGCAGUCUUUCGACAGCAGCAGCCCGCCGACUCCGCAGUCCCAGAAGCGACAUCAGCAGGGGCAGGUCGUCGUGUCAGAAGCCACUAUCGUAGGGGUCCGAAAAACCGGGCAGAUCUGGCCCAGCGACGGAGAUGCCCUCUCCGGGAGAAGCGUUCAAGACGGCGCCUUCCACGGAGACACAGAUACAUCAUUCGGCACUCCACCUGGCUACGCCUACGAUGCGGACCGGGCCGAGGAGCAGCGGCGGCACCAGGACGUGAUGCCCUACAUCGAUGACUCCCCCUCUUCCUCCCCUCAUCUCAGCACCAAGAGCAGAGGAAGCCGGGACACCCUAUCCUCAGGAUCCUUGGAGUCUACCAAAUCGAGUGAGCUGGACUUGGAGAAGGGCUUGGAGAUGAGGAAAUGGGUCCUGUCUGGAAUCCUGGCCAGUGAGGAGACCUACUUGAGCCAUCUAGAGGCCCUGCUGCUGCCCAUGAAGCCUCUGAAAGCCGCUGCCACGACCUCUCAGCCCGUGCUAACGAAUCAACAGAUUGAGACCAUUUUCUUCAAAGUGCCUGAGCUGUAUGAGAUCCACAAGGAGUUCUAUGACAGGCUCUUCCCCCGGGUGCAGCAGUGGAGUCACCAGCAGCGGGUGGGAGACCUCUUCCAGAAAUUGGCCAGCCAGCUGGGAGUCUACCGGGCCUUUGUGGAUAACUAUGAGGUUGCCAUGGAGACAGCAGAGAAAUGCUGCCAGGCCAAUGUUCAGUUUGCUGAAAUCUCAGAGAACCUAAGGGCCAGAAGCACAAAGGAUUCCAAAGAUCAGACCACAAAAAAUUCUUUGGAAACACUGCUGUACAAGCCAGUGGACCGAGUGACCCGCAGCACACUUGUCCUUCACGAUUUGUUGAAACACACGCCCUCCAGCCACCCUGAUCAUCCUCUGCUUCAGGACGCACUCCGCAUCUCUCAGAACUUCUUGUCUAGCAUCAACGAAGAGAUCACUCCCCGCAGACAGUCCAUGACGGUGAAGAAGGGAGAGCAUCGGCAGCUCCUGAAGGACAGUUUCAUGGUGGAGCUGGUGGAGGGGGCCCGUAAGCUGCGUCAUGUCUUUCUCUUCACCGACCUGUUCCUGUGCGCCAAGCUCAAGAAGCAAAUCGGAGGGAAAAACCAGCAGUAUGACUGCAAGUGGUACAUUCCACUCACGGACCUGAGCUUCCAAACAGUGGAUGAGUCCGAGGCCGUGCCCAACAUUCCACUGGUACCCGACGAGGAGCUGGAGGCCAUGAAGAUCAAGAUCUCCCAGAUCAAGAGCGAUAUCCAGCGAGAAAAGAGGGCAAAUAAGGGCAGCAAAGUCAUAGAGAGAUUGAAAAAAAAGCUGUCAGAACAGGAGUCCUUGCUCCUGCUGAUGUCUCCCAACAUGGCCUUCAGGGUGCACAAUCGCAAUGGCAAGAGUUACACAUUCCUAAUCUCAUCUGACUACGAGCGGGCAGAAUGGAGGGAGAACAUUCGGGAGCAGCAGAAAAAAUGUUUUAAAAGCUUCUCCCUCACUUCAGUAGAGCUUCAAAUGCUAACCAACUCCUGUGUCAAACUUCAGACUGUCCACAACAUUCCUCUCACCAUCAAUAAAGAAGAUGAUGAAUCUCCUGGACUGUAUGGAUUCCUGAAUGUCAUUGUCCAUUCAGCCAAUGGAUUCAAACAGAGUUCAAAUCUGUACUGCACACUCGAGGUAGACUCCUUUGGGUAUUUUGUGAACAAGGCCAAGACUCGAGUGUACAGGGACACAACUGAACCAAACUGGAACGAGGAGUUUGAGAUUGAGUUGGAGGGCUCCCAGACCUUGAGAAUACUGUGCUAUGAGAAAUGCUACAACAAAACCAAGAUCACCAAAGAAGACGGCGAGACCACAGACAGGAUCAUGGGCAAAGGUCAGAUUCAGCUGGAUCCCCAGGCACUGCAGGACAAGGACUGGCAGCGGACAGUCAUCUCAAUGAAUGGAAUUGAAGUGAAGCUGUCCAUGAAAUUCACCAGCCGGGAAUUCAGUUUGAAGAGGAUGCCAUCCCGCAAGCAGACCGGGGUGUUUGGAGUCAAGAUUGCAGUUGUCACCAAGAGAGAAAGAUCAAAGGUGCCCUAUAUCGUGCGCCAGUGUGUGGAAGAGAUCGAGCGGCGGGGCAUGGAGGAAGUAGGCAUCUACCGAGUCUCUGGGGUGGCCACAGAUAUCCAGGCUUUGAAAGCCGCCUUUGACAUCAACAACAAGGAUGUGUCUGUGAUGAUGAGCGAGAUGGACGUGAAUGCCAUCGCAGGGACAUUGAAGUUGUACUUCCGAGAACUUCCUGAGCCUCUCUUCACAGAUGAGCUGUAUCCCAACUUUGCCGAGGGCAUCGCUCUUUCAGACCCUGUAGCAAAGGAGAGUUGUAUGCUUAACUUACUACUAUCACUUCCUGAACCCAACCUGGUGACAUUCCUCUUCCUUCUGGACCAUUUAAAAAGAAUUGCCGAAAAGGAGAAUAUCAAUAAGAUGUCGCUCCACAACCUGGCCACCGUCUUCGGCCCCACGCUACUCAGGCCCUCCGAGAAAGACAGUAAGAUUCCUGCAAACCCAACCCAGCCUAUCACCAUGACGGACAGCUGGUCCUUGGAAGUCAUGUCCCAGGUCCAAGUGCUUCUGUACUUCCUGCAGCUGGAGACCAUCCCCACUCCUGACAGCAAGAGGCAAAGCAUUCUUUUUUCCACGGAAGUGUAGAUGCCUGAUUUAGCCAGGAGGCUUGGAGAAUGACUUUGGAGUGCCCGUGGGGAGCUCGCCACGCCAGAGCCGAAGGGGGAGAGUUCUCGAGAUGUCGCUCAGCCUACUCCCUCCAGCCAGGCGGCCUCGAGCAGAGACAGCGGAAGCACAUGGCACCAAGGCCCUUGGCGGGACAGGAGAGAGACGGGCAGCGCGCCGAGCCUCCUGGAAAGACUACUAGAGAGCCAUGAACUAGGCCCGCAGACCCUAGAGUUGUUCGUGUGCGAAUGCGACCGAAGAUAGUCCGUGCUUCUUAUUUUAUUUUUUGAAUUUAAUUUAUCACAAAGAAGUUUGCAAGGUUUCUACCGGACCACUUGUCAAGAAGGCCCUUUUUGAGGGAGCUGUGGGAGUGAAAAAGGAUCUCACAACUGUGUCUUUAAUAACUGCUGCUUCUCAGUACUGUUCUGGGCCAAGGAGAUGGACGGGGAGGGGGAAGUUGGGCGGGGUUGGGGGGCACCUUUGGUCUCCUCAGAUCUCGGAAACUCAAGAUUUGAUUUGAACAGGGUUUUCUUCUUUUUUUUUUUAAAUGAGAGCUGUUUUGUGUAAAAAUUUGAUCUCCCCCUUUCUCCCUCCUCCUUCACUCUUCCCCUCUCCUCCCUCGGUGAGUUUGCAUGCCCAAUGGAGUUGGGGAACUGUUACUUUCCCCCUUUUUUUUUUUUUUUGCACUUUGGAUGCUUUAUUUGAUCGUCUGGGAGCCAGCUGCAAAUUAGUUACCUAAGGACAGAAUACUAAAGAAAGCAGGAGGAGUAGAUUUAGCACUUUAUUUCAUUUUCCAAGAAGAACAAUCUCAUCAGGUUCAUUUUAGAAUAGUCCGAGAGAGCUCUACCGAUUGGGGCUGACUGACCUCUAGUUUGGGUUUUUUUUUUAAUCUUUUUAAGAUUAAUGGAAAUUGACAGGUGAAGAUGCUAAAUGUACUCCACCUCCCUUAAAUUUUCCCCACACGAAUCUGUUUACCACAUGCUGAAAAAGCACUCCCAAGCAACAUUUGCCAAAACCUUCACAACAGCUGUUUGCUUAUUCUAAACCUUGAUUUGAAUAACUUUUUUGAGACUGCUUUUUUCCCCCCCAGAUCCAAAUACUUUCAUAAGAGAUGGCAGAAUGGAUUGUCUGCUCAGCCUGCCUGCUUCCAAAGCUGAGCUGCAUUUGGCAGUUUUCAGAAAUUCCAGCCUUGUUUUAAUUAGGGUCAGUUCAGAGAUCUCCAGGGAGCUACGCACAUCACUCCCAAAGAUGGAGGAUUAAAAACAAACAGAGUUCCCAGGGCCUGGGGCCUGGGCCCUGGGAAAGGAGAGGUGGGCCAUUUUGAUCAUGAAGCAGAUGAUGGGUUGGGGGUAUUUUUAUCUCUGUUUACUGUCCUCUAUUUAAGAAGCGUCUUUGUCAACUGCAGCUUCACUGGUGGAGCCUGAGAUCUGGAAAGGGGGUGAGAUAGACUAGAAUUUUAAAGAAGGAUUAAGAAAAGGGACCAAAUGUUUCGAAGAGAAAGUAGAAUGACAAAGUAUCUUGAAUAUCACUUUAAAAAGGGGUGGGAGGGGAGAUGAGAAUUAAGAUUUCCAAUACAGCCUUUCAGAAAGAGAGAGAAAAUCUCCCAGACAUGGGAAAAUGUGGACCAAGGGAAAAUAUAUUUCCGUUUGUCAACACGAUUGUAACUGCCUAAUAUUUAAUGUUUUGUACUGUGAGCUUUCCAAUUUAAAAGAGGAGGAAGAAACUCAAACGAUUGCAAUGUUGUGCUUCUGUAGGCCUUGUGCAUGCUAUUCUAAAAAUUCCUGUAGGAUUUACUAUUAAUUAGCCCGCUCCCAACAUGGGCCUGGGAGUAAACCCCUAGGUGCUUGGAUUUAUAACUAGACUCCACUCCUCUCACAUAUGAUUUUAACAGCUACCAAUCCCUUGCUGUUAGAACUGCUGAGGUAGAAAAGUGAGUUUUGUAUUUAUGAGGUGCUUGUAGUAGGGAGAGAACAAAGGAACUUGAAGGGUUUAAGUGCGUGUGAGUAUUUUUUGGGGGGGGGGGACUUUUUUAGAGGAAAGCAAUUUGGACAGUUGUGAAAGAAAGCUACUGUUGAUACUUUAUAGAGGUUUCCACUUUCUGUACGUUUCCUUGUUUCGUUUCCUGCUACCUUUCUCUUGGGCCCUGGGCCUCCCCCUCAGUUACAGCACAGCAGCUCUUUCCUUUCCUGACUUGAAAUUUGUGUUUUUGUGCCUUCGAGACCAUGACCCUGCAAGUGAAACUGGAAAAGCUAGAUUUUGCUCCCUAUUUUAUUUCCUUGGGCGUUUGUAAUUUGUGUAGUUGCGAGCUGCAAUAUUUAAACUGGAAAGCAAUAUGAUAAUGACUGUGCCAAUUUAUGUUCACCUGUUUUUUUUUUAAUUUAUCUAGGACAUGUAAUGUUUAAUAUUAUUAAAUAUGGAGUCUUUCUAUUGUGCAGCCAUAAAAGGAAGAAUGCUUCUUUGGUUACUUUUUCAGAUCAUUGCUUUUAUUCUGUAGUUGAUUCUGCUGUAAUAAUAUUUAACAUGCAGGCAUGUGGAUUGGAUCAACUGUUUUUGAUGAACAUUCCUUUUUCCCAAAGCUGGUCAUUUUGGGCUGGAUAAUUAAAUGCAUUUAGGAUGAAAGGGAGACCUUUUUCUGUGCUUCACGAUGUGCGGGUAAAUAACUGGAACAUAUCUACUGAGCUUCCUCUAAAGUUGCAGUUGUAAAUUUUCAAUGCUAUUAGCAAAAAAAAAAAAUCACAGGGGUUGGUUUCCACUGUCCAGCAACUGGUCUAAUCCCUAACAUGUCCAGGACAGGCAGACCAUUGUAGAAGCUGCAAAGUUAGAUUUUUUCUGGGGGGGGGAGGGUCGGGGGAACAGCUGCAUUUUUCUGUGUUGGAAGGUUUGGGGACUAUCUGAUUUUUUCUCCUUACAUGCAAAAUGGGUUUCCACUUGAAUUGGUGAUGUUAUCAGAAUUCCUGAAUACCUACAUUUUUGAGAAAUUCUAAGCCUGUUGGACAGUUUCAGUUGACCACAGGGGCUGGUAUGGUCCGACGAGGCUUGCCGUAGCAGAAAAUCACCGUUUGAAAAAUAGAAAACAAAAAUGCCCUGGACCCAUCACUGUUUCAAAGAGGGAUGUGGAAGGAGCAAGCAAUUGAGAAGGGAGCAAAAGCACAAGAGGUGUUGAGCUGGAAGAUCAAGAAUUAUCCAUGUAUUGGCUGCUCCAGCUAGGUGCAGUUCUUAAAACAACUCAGGCAGCUCGACCACAGGGACAAAUGGGGGUUUUGAGAUUGGUGGAUUGGCUCUUUUUAGCCAGUGAUAUUCGGGGAAGCUGAAGAAGCAGAAUAAAGUAUCAGUGCAUCAGUCA